GAGGUGGGUAUUCGAAGUGUUCUUAGCCGCUCUCCAAACCCUUGUACUCGUUCCUCUCGAUUUCGUUGUUUCCUCUCGACAGAGAUCUCGACUUCGGUUUCGAUUUCGAUUUCCCUACGCGAGUUUGAUUUCGUUUCAGGUUCCGACCGUCGGUGCGAACAGAGGAGGAGAAGCGCUUCGGAAUCGAAGAUAUCGCUUUCAGUUUGCCUUUGCAGAUUUUGCCAUUGAAAACAUUGCAAUGAUGGGAACAAACACAGAUUCAAGCAUGAUACAGGAUAGCAAUGGAGCCUUUCCAGGUGACAGAAAGAUCACUGUGGUUUUUGUGUUAGGUGGUCCCGGCAGUGGGAAGGGCACACAAUGUUCAAAAAUUGUGGAAAAUUUUGGGUUCACUCAUCUUAGUGCUGGUGAUCUUCUGCGAGCAGAAAUCAAAUCUGGCUCAGACAAUGGGUAUGAGGCAAUAUGUUUCUUGUUUAACUGCUGUACAUUCAGUACCAUGAUCUCAAACAUGAUAAAGGAAGGUAAAAUUGUCCCUUCUGAGGUUACAGUUGAGCUUUUAAAAAAGGCUAUCCUUGAGAGUGGAAACAACAAGUUCCUAAUUGAUGGAUUUCCUCGAAAUGAAGAGAACCGUUCUACUUUUGAGAAUGUUACAAAACUUGAGCCAGAAUUUAUACUUUUCUUUGAUUGUUCAGAGGAGGAGAUGGAACAGCGACUUUUAGGUCGCAACCAGGGGAGAGAUGAUGAUAACAUUGAGACAAUAAGGAAGCGUUUCAGAGUUUUUAUUGAAUCUAGUUUACCUGUGAUUGAGUAUUAUGACCAGAAGGGCAAAGUUCGAAAGAUUGAUGCUAUGAAGCCCAUUGAUGAUAUUUUUGAAGAUGUGAAAGCCAUUUUUGCUGUGUUCCCUGCAAAAGAUGAAUAAAGCUGCCCUUAAGAUUAUAACAGACACAAAUAUACUUUAGAAGGUGUUGUAGCCGUGAGGUUUUUUCAAGUUCUCCAGCAAAUUGAAUGAGCUAUGCAACAAACUAUCCUUUGUGUUGCAGUGUGACAUGUUUUUGGUAACUGAGAAUGAACAAGUUAUUUGUUUUUGAACAGCAGUAUGAAGUACUUAAUAAUUUUUUGAUUGCAAAAUCCUUUUUUAAGUUGUUUAAUUGACUCGUAUAAAUGUGAUAAGUGUCAUAAUUUUUAGUGAUUCACCAUAAUAUUUGAUUUCUUGGUACUUUUGUAUCUAGAGUCUUAAGGUUAAUGCAUGUUAUUGGACUCUUUGUAAUAUUGGAUGAUCAUUUCUGUUUGAACUUCAAUACUAAACGAAAUUGUGUCGA